AUGGCGUAUUUUAAUAGGAAAAUAUAUCAGCGUUUGCUGUUUUUUGCAGUAUCUCUUCAAAUCUCAGGUGUGUUAUGUUUUAGUGAGCUGUUUUUCAUCAAAGAGCCCCAUGAUGUGACUGUGGUACGGAGGGACCCAGUUAUUUUGGACUGCCAAGCACACGGAGAGGCGCCCAUUGAUGUCAGGUGGCUGAAAAAUGGAGUACGAGUCUCUGAGAAUGAGCGGGUCUACCUGCUCUCUAACGGCUCGCUGUACAUCUCCGAGGUGGAGAGCAGAAAAGGAGACAAAUCAGACGAAGGCUUCUACCAGUGCCUUGCACAGAACAAGUAUGGAGCCAUCUUGAGCCAGAAAGCUCAUCUAACUAUCGCAAGUAUUUCCCCCUUUGCGAGCCAGCCCACAUCAGUGCUGGUCACAGAGGGGUCCGUGGCCAGAUUCGCCUGCCAGAUCACAUCGAACCCUCCCGCAAUCAUUACCUGGGAGUUCAACCGAACCAUGCUUCCUCUGGCUACUGAAAGAAUCACAGUGUUGCCCAACGGCGUGCUGCAGAUCCAGGGUGUGGAGCAGGGGGACGCCGGGCACUACCGCUGCGUGGCCACCAACAUCGCCAGCCGCCGCCGCAGUGCGGAGGCCACGCUCACCGUCACCCCAGUGCCCGGCCCCAGGCUUCCGCAGAGGCCACAAAUCAUCGCUGGGCCCCAGAACAUCUCCACGGCCCUACACCAGAGCACCAUCCUGGAGUGCAUGGCUACCGGCGUCCCCAGGCCUCUCAUCUCCUGGAGCCGGGCGGACCACAAGUCCAUCGACGUCUUCAACACAAAGGUGCUGGGCAACGGGAACCUGGUCAUCUCAGACGUGAAGCUGCAGCACGCCGGCGUGUACAUGUGCCGAGCCACCACACCUGGCACCCGCAACUACUCCAUCGCCGCGGCAAACCUCACUGUGCUGGCCCCUCCCUCGCUGGUGGAGUGGCCAGAGAGUCUGACCCGUCCGCGGGCGGGAACAGCCCGCUUCGUCUGCCAAGCCCAGGGCGUGCCCUCGCCCCACAUCACCUGGCUGAAGAACGGGGAGAAGGUCCACUCCAACGGCCGGAUCAAGAUGUACAGCAGUAAACUGGUGAUCAACCAGAUCAUCCCGGAGGAUGACGCCAUCUACCAGUGCCUGGCGGAGAACGAGCAGGGCUCGGUGCUGUCCAUGGCCCGGCUGAUCGUGGUGAUGUCCGAGGACCGGCCCAGCGCUCCCAGGAACGUGCGCGCCGAGACUGUGUCUAGCUGCGCCAUCCUGCUGGCCUGGGAACGGCCGCUGUACAACUCGGACAAAGUCAUCGCCUACUCCGUGCACUACAUGAAGGCGGAAGGGUUAAACAAUGAGGAGUAUCAAGUUGUUAUUGGCAACGACACGACGCGCUACAUCAUCGAUGACCUGGGCCCGGCUAGCAAUUACACUUUUUACAUCGUGGCCUACAUGCCCAUGGGAGCCAGCCGCAUGUCUGACCACGUGGUCCAGCACACCUUAGAGGACGUGCCCCUGCGCGCCCCAGAGCUGAGCCUGACUAGCCGCAGCCCCACCAACAUCCACGUGUCCUGGCAAGCGCUCCCGCUCAAGCUGAGCCGAGGGUCCAUCUCGGCCUACCGGCUGUCCUACCGCACCAGCACCGACAGCAGCAUCACCUCCCUGGAGCUGCCGGGCGAGCUGGGCCAGCACCUCCUGGAGGCCCUGCAGCCUGACACCAUCUACCUGCUCCGCAUUGCCGCCGCCACGCGUGUGGGCUGGGGAGAGCAGUCUGCCUGGACCUCCCACCGCACGCCCAAGUCCUCCAGCACCAAAGUGCCCCUGGCCCCUGAGCUUCAGCUGGAGCCCCUGAACUGCACCACCAUCGUGGCCCGCUGGAAGCCCUCCCCGGGCAACUCCGCCACCAUCCAGGGCUACCGGCUCUUCUACCGGGAGGAGGGGGAGCCGGAGAGCGCUCCCACCCAGCUCCCCCCGCAGCGAGCCCAGCACGUCAUGGGCGGCCUAGACCCAAGAAAGAAGUACCACGUGAAGCUCUUAGCCUAUGGCUUUGCAGGAGAAGGUUACCAGGCAGACCAGACUGUCAGCACUCCUGGAUGUGUCUCGGUUCGCGAUCGUUUGGUGCCCCCGCCUCCUCCCCCGCAUCACGUGUACGCUAAGGCCAACAGCUCGUCCACCGUGCACCUGCACUGGGGCCGCCCAGCCUUCACCACGGGCCAGACCGUCAAUUACACCGUCCGCUGCAACCCCGUGGGCCUGCAGAACGCUUCCCUGGUGCUCUACCUGCAGACUUCUGAACAGAGCUUGCUGGUUCGUGACUUGGAACCCAACACUAGGUACGAGUUUGCGGUUCGUCUGCAUGUGGACCAGCUCUCCAGCCCCUGGAGCCCAGUGGUGUAUCAGAACACACUUCCCGAAGCCCCCAGCCAGGCACCAUGGGGAGUGAAGGUAUCCCUGAUUGAGAACGACACGGCGCUGGUGUCCUGGAAGCAGCCUGAGGAGUCCAACAUGGCCGUGACGCACUACACCAUCCUGUACGCCUCCCGGAAGGCCUGGAUCGCAGGGGAGUGGCAGGUGCUGCAGAGGGAAGGCUCUGCCACCAUGACGCUGUUGGAGAACCUACUCCCUGGGAGCAUCUACCUGGUGAAGAUCUCCGCGUCCAAUCAGGUGGGAGACGGGCCCUUCUCCAAAGCCGUGGAGCUGGCUGUGGUUCCCGGAGGUUCCCAGUCCGGUCACCACCCCAGGCGGUCCGGUGGCUCGGCCGAAGCUAAAGCGUUCUCUGACGGCUUCUACCACAUGGACCAGAAAUCCAUGACCGGUAUCAUCGUCGGAGUGUGCAUCGCCCUGGCUUGCAUUCUGCUGUGUGUCUUGAUCCUUGUCCACAGAGGCAAAGCAAGGAAAUCCUCCGCUACAAAGUCUGCCAGGCAGGCGAACGGUCAGGCCGUUCCUCUAUCCGGUGGGAAUCAGGCAGAGAACGCGGAGGCCAUGAUGCCAAUGAUCAGAAGCCACUUCAUCGAUACAAAGGGAGGGACCAGCCUGAUCAUCGACCACACCGGGCCGGUGAUGCCCGGUAGUCCAGGCAGGAAGAAGUGGUGGCUCUGUGGCAAGGAGGAGAAGAAGGAGUCCAGGAGAGGCCAGGCUCAGAACAGGGCCCAUAGUGCGUGCCCCUACCAGCGGGGAACCACAGCCGUGACGUACGACGACCAGCUGCCUUCUUCCCCAAACCAGACCACAUCCUUGAAGGUCCUGUUCGGGCCCUUGGGGGACACCGAGGGUUCCCAGAACAGCGAGGGCAGCCACGAGACGGGCGACUCUGGGCGCUUCUCCCACGACGAGACCGAGAUGACCAACCUGUCCUCCGGGCGUGACAGCCGGCGUGUUUCCCUGGGCGCAGAGGACAGCGGGACGUCAGGAGACAGCUCCAGCCCCCAGGAGGAGCAGCCGCACCUCGUCGUGGAGAUGGGCGACUGUACAGAAACGCCCGGCCUUGCCCAAAACCAGGUCCCAGACCCGUCCCAACCUGCACUUCCUCUCUAA